CGGCGGCUGCCUCACCGUCGAGUGGGUUGAAGGGCUUAUGUCGAGCUUCGAUUGGUCGUCCAGGCAUCUCCAGCCUUGUCAAUUCCCCUCUCUCAUGCCCGUCCAUGUCUUCGACUCCCUCAUCCUCAUCGCUUCCAAGAUCCUCCAUAAGGAGCCUAACUGCGUCCACAUCGACGACCUCGAUUCCGAUUCCACCGUCGUGGUGGUCGGCGACGUUCAUGGCCAGCUCCACGACCUCCUCUUCCUCCUUAAAGACGCCGGCUUCCCUUGUCAUAAUCGCUUCUUUGUCUUCAAUGGCGACUAUGUGGAUCGGGGUGCUUGGGGCCUGGAGACCUUCCUCCUCCUCUUAGCCUGGAAGGUAUUGAUGCCUAACAGGGUCUACCUUCUCCGUGGAAAUCAUGAAUCCAAAUACUGCACAUCUGUGUAUGGCUUCGAGAAAGAAGUGCUUACGAAAUACGGUGACAGAGGAAAGCAUGUCUACCGGAAAUGCCUGGGAUGCUUUGAAGGCCUCCCUUUGGCUUCUAUAAUAGCUGGGCGUGUCUAUACAGCUCAUGGAGGGCUCUUUCGCAGCACCACUGUCCCCCCUUCUAAGAGAUCAAAGGGGAGAAAGAAAUCAUCCUCAUUGUCUCUUGGUACUUUGGAAGAGCUGUUGAAAGCUCGAAGGUCAGUUCUUGAUCCUCCUUGGGAAGGUUUGAACUUGAUUCCUGGGGACGUUCUCUGGUCUGACCCGUCAAUGGAUCCCGGCCUUUCACCCAACAAAGAGAGAGGCAUUGGUCUUCUCUGGGGUCCUGAUUGUACGGAGGACUUCUUGAACAAGUUCAAACUAAAGUUAAUCAUUAGAUCACAUGAAGGCCCUGAUGCAAGAGAGAAGAGGCCUGGUCUUGCUGGAAUGGAUCAAGGGUACACAGUAGAUCAUGAUGUUGAAUCUGGAAGGCUGAUUACUCUGUUCAGUGCACCAGAUUAUCCUCAGUUCCAGGCAACCGAGGAGAGAUACAAAAACAAGGGGGCAUACAUCGUGUUGCAGCCCCCUGAUUUUGAUGCUCCUCUGUUCAGAAGUUUUGAAGCUGUUACACCCAGACCAGAGGUCAAUGCAUAUUAUGACUACCAAGACGUGAUAGAUUCUGACGAAGAGUUGGAUUUGGCAUCGAUGGCAACUGCUUCGUGAAAACCCAACCAAGCAUGUGUCAGCUGUGCUUGUCCUUUAUAUGAUGCAAAGCUUUUGUUGACAUUGGAAUUGUAAUGAUUCUUAGCUUGUUGGUGGUCUGACUUUAUAAACGAUAUUUUCUUGUUAAACAUGUGAUGUCUAUUUAUA